ACUUCCGGUUGGCCAAUCAGAUCUCGGAUACUUUCAUACCUUUGUUAUUAAACCCGGUUCACAACCAUCCUCGGUCUGCUCGGCACAAUGAUGGUAACAAGCUCAAGAAACACUGUGGGGAUCUUUGGAGCGCCAACCAAUAAUGUACCUAAGGCAGUGCUUCCAUCUGUAAAGUCCCCCAGAAAAGGUCGCCGUCUGAAAAAACGUUUGGAAGUUUCCGAGACAAAUUCGGAGUCACAUCAAGAAAUCACUUCUUCUAGUCAUUAUAGAACUUUCGAAAAUGACCUUAUUCCUGGCCGAAGUCUUUCACCACAAACCUCCAGUCUUUGCACACCAACUCACUUUUCAAGCAUUCGCUGCCAAGCAUUUUACUACGCUAUUCAGGAAAAAUUAUUCUCUUCUUUGUCUCAAGAAAAAUUACUUUACAUUGGUAAUGAGCAUUUGCUAGCUGUAAACUCAGAUUUGGAUGAUAAAGUUGACGCAGCAUUGAGAGCAGAAACUUUGUUCAAAUUGUGGUCCUUACAUAGCGCCUAUUAUUCGCUUUCCUCCAUCAUAUUCUGCAAGGCAGUGUGUUUAAUGGAUUUACUGGUUGCUAGAGUCAAAGUUAAACCAAAGUACGCAAUGUGCGUGGCCGCUGCAUGCUACUACAUCACUUCCAAGUUCGAGAGAUCAUCCGAACACGUUUCACCCACACCUGAAAGCCUUGUAACGCUAUCACGAUGUGGCGGCACAGCUGCUGAUCUGACGCGAAUGGUGGAAAUUAUCCUUACAAAGUUGGGGCCUUCCAGCGUUGCUGCUAUCGGUGCAUGCUCGGCUACAGCCAUUGAUUUUCUGUCCAUUUUCUCCUCGUUCGGCAUCCCGUUUGCGUCUUAUCAGAAUGAAUCUAGAAAUCAAAACUCUUGGUUGCCUGUCCCUAUUUCUAUUUGUCGUCAGAUCGAAAUAGCUCUAAUCUCCUCAGAGGUAUCGUGCUUUCGUCCUUCGUGCCUAGCACUGGCCUUGCUCAAUCAUCUUUGUUUUAAUUCAGCUGUGGGGUCACUGGGUUCAGCUGACGAUUGGUUGCAGUUCCAUACGUCUGACCUCUAUAAUUUGUCACUUAUAUGUAACAAAGUACUUCAUUGAUUUUUUCUAUUUGGUCUAUGUGGCGAGUUAGACUAACGAACAUUUUUCUCGAACUCCACGUUGAUUAUGACUGGCUGAUUUAAUUUGGAAAACCUACUCACGAAUCGUUCCUCAUUUAAUUUUGCAGAUUUCUUGGACUGAUGUUGUUGCAUGUUCUUCCACAUUGAAGGAAGCACUUACCAAAACAUCGGGAUCCUACACAGUUCAGGAUUACCCUUCAUCCCGUCUAUUAGGCAGCUCCCCACCACUUGUGUGGACGUUAUCAAGGCGCACACAACGCAGCAUUUCUACAUCUUCUCCUCCAGCUCUUUCAACUAUCACAGAGGUAGAUGAGGAGCGGGUUCUUUUAAAUGAUAUUUUUUCGAACAUGGAUUUGGGUUUAUAAAACUUUGACGAGGCAUAUUCAAAUUUUAACGUUGUAUCAUCAUUUUAUUCAAAUAUCCUCCCAUCCUAUUAUUUUUCAGCUUUUAUAAUCCUAAUAUAAAUUUUGAUCAUUAAACCAAUCUGUGAUUGGGAAAUCCAAGGGAAAAAAAUCUUUUUAAACUUACUGUGAGAAAAAAAAGAAAAGAUAGAAAUUUCCAUUCCUGUUGUUAUUUGUUAUUGUUGUUUCUCUGAACUACUAUUACCCUCUCCUCAAAUUUUAAUCAGCUGUGUACAAAUUUCAAAACUAUUUGUUUUUUAGAGAAAAAAAUUAACAAUCAGUUUACUUUAUUAGUUAUUAUCAGCAGCAAAACUAUAGCUCAAUGUAUACCAGUACUACAAUCAGCAUAUCUUCAAUUUACUUAAUUGUUGUUGUUUUUUUAUUAUUUCUGUUCACAUUGUCAAAUUACAUAAAAUCAAACAACUGUACCUGACUAGGGCUUUUUUCCUAAUAUUUCUUUACAUAUAUAUAUAUCAACAGCGAAAAUCAUUGAAAAUUUUCCACAAUAAUUUCAGUUCUUCCUUUUUUGUAUCGAAAAUAAAUUGUGAUCAAUAAUAUAUUACUACUGCUACCAUUUAUCCUACUCUCUCCGCCUAAUUGACCUUCUUUUUUUCUUUACAACUUUUAUACUGAACUUCUAACUUAGGAAACAAGUGAAAUAACAAGACAGAUUAUGUAUGUAUCGGUCUUAUCUUAGUUCCUCUUUCUAGUCCGUCUAUGCAUUCAUUUUAUCAACAACAACAACAAAAAGUUUUAUGAGAAAAAAGUGCAAUAAAAAUAUUUUUCGAAUUGAUUUUUUUUCUCUAGUUUUUGUUUUGUAAUAGUUUCAAUGGGUUUUCAAUUAUUGAUCUAUUUAAUUAGUUAACCUAUAGUUUUUCAUCGUAUUAGGUUGAUUUUUAAUCCGUUAUAAAGUUUAAAAUAUAGAUGUAAUUCAUUAAGAUUAGUAUAUUAUCUUCCAAACUAAGUAAAUAGAUAUAUAAUACUAAACCAUGAAUUAUUAUGUUCAUUUACAAAAGAAGCAAUUUGUAAAAUAAAACAUGUAUUAUACAAAAAAUGAAUAAUUAAAUACCAGG